UUCCGCGAAUAACCCUUCAGUACUUUGCAGCUGUUAAAAAAACUAUCCGGUUUAUAAUGUGUUUCCAUUCAAACACAAACCUGAACCGUGACGGCCCUGUCUAUCCUGUACCACACUGAUGACAAACACUCAGAUAAACACCGAUAUGAUUAUUUAUCCACGGACGAAACGCAAUUUCCUGGUCAGCCACAAUCCCCCGCGCUGGCCGCGUUGAGAUGCGCAUUCACACUGAGUUGCCAGUUUCUCCCCGGAGGACGGAGCCGCUCCAGGCUGAAUUACAUGCGCAGUCCUGCCGUGAAUCACACAUCACCACGGCAACCGGCGCUCACACCGAGUCCCCGUCAGCAUCAGUGAGGUCCGAUCCCAUCCACAGGCGACCGGAGAGCACAGAAAACCACAAUCGGUCCAGGCAUUUUCAGGCAGCAGAGCAGCCAUGGUGAAGCUGGGCAGCAAUCUGUCUGAGAAACUGGAGAAGCAGCCAUCUGUGGACGACGGCUUUGAUAACAUCCCUCUCAUCACGCCCUUGGAGGUUAACCAGCUCCAGAAGCCAUUCGCAGACAAGAUCAUUGUGAAGACAUCGACACAGUACCAGCUGCAGCAGAAGAAGAGUAAGCUUUAUGUGCCAAACAUCAAGAAACUGAAUAUCAACUUCUACAGUGAUGUUUCAGAGAAAGCCAAGAUCACAGGUCUGAUCCUCAUCACUUUGGCCUUCUUGACCAGCCUGCUGCUCUUGCUCAUGUAUAAAGCCAUGUGGUACGACCAACUUACCUGCCCAGAGGGUUUUAUCCUUAAGCAGAAGCACUGCACCCCAGCAGCUCUGGAGAUGUACUACACAGAGCAGCAGCAGCAGGAACAGCAGCAGCAGGAGCCAAGCGUACACGGCAGCACCAACACCGGGCUGUACGCUGCUCUCAGCCACCUCAACCAGAUCAAGAGGACUGGACCUGAGCUGCCAUCGCCAUGGUUACCAGUCAUCAGCGCUCUGAAGGAGGCUGAAGUGGCCAAACAGGGCAGCGAGCCCCUGAAAGGAAUGCUGGAGGGAGAGGAGUGAAGGGUCUGAUGGAAAUGCAGGUGUUAGAGGAGGAAAUGAUGAUGGCCAGUGCCAUUCAUAAAUGUUUGUUUGUGUUCGUGUGUGUGUGGAAGAAUGUGGGUGUGUGUUCAGGAUUUUUUUUCUUUUCCCAGACAGUCCACUGACUAUACUGGUGCUCCUAAACCUUAACAGUGUCUGAAUAUCUGCCAAAAUUGUGAAUCAGCAACGUAAACCACAAGUUUACUCAGCUUCAAUCCAGUUAUAUUCUGUUAAUAUUUAAUAUAAGCUAAUACCCAACUCUAGCUGUGUGUGUGUGUGUGUGUGUGUGUGUGUGUGUGUGUGUGUGUGUGUGCGUGUGUGUGUGUGGUGAGUUGUUGCGGUUAGAGGCAGGAAUGUUAUUGAAGUGUUGGAGAAUGUGCCUGACUUUUACAGUGUUACUGAGUCACAAGUAAAUUCUGCCAUCUGCAUUCUGUGUACAUGUGUGUGUGUGUGUAUUUACACUCAUGUAAAUACAUUGUAAAUGCAUAUUCACAUUCAUGCGCAGUGUGUGUGUGCAUGUACUGUACGAUUUGUGCACUUGUCUGAGAAAGUUGGAGGUGAGACAGGAGAAGCGAGGCGAGAGCUCGGAGCGAGAGGUGAAGAUAACAAGUUUUUAAUGAGAUCACUGCAAGUUUCUCCUCAUCACUCCAUCCUGUUAUCUCACCGUCUAUUCAUUUUAGUCUCAGAGGGGAGCGUAUGAAAUCAGCGGUGAAUGUGCUCACACUCCGGCCAUUAAGACAAAGAACUAUAAUUGUCCAUUUGCUGAAAUGAGUUGACUCUACAUCUUAUUAUCUCAAGACUGCAAAAUUACAAUUCUGUAAAAUUAAAGUCAGCUGAAAGUGUGUGUUGCUCUUACACACCAAGUGACUUGAGUUACACGAUCCACAAGCAUUCUGUCCGUUUUAAAACGGGCUUGCGCGGUGGCUUUGGAAAAUAUCAAUAUAUCAAAAAUCUCUAAAAAGGUCUUUGCUUUUGGGUUAUUGAGCAUGGAAUUAAUCACCAAAAAGUAAAUUUAAUCAAUGUUAAAUGAAAUCUAUAACACAAUAAAGUGUGCAACAAGUAAAAGGACCUGAGUAUUUCCCAAAGCCACUGAACAGGAAUCUUGUUAUUUGAUAUUAUGUGUGUGCUACUUAGUGUAAUUAUGGAUGAAACUUGAGAACUUAAUGUGUUUUACAAAAAUUCCACAUUUCAGUAAUGCUGUAUGCUCAUAUGUGUAAGGUGAUUGUAAAACUAGCCAAUUAUACUUAAUUCACAUUUUGUUGCUGAUUUUGUUUUUGGUUUAUGUUGCUGUAAGUAUUCUGUAAUUCCCAUGUACACAGUAAUAACCACAGGGUUAAAUCAUCAUGAUCCUUAUAUGAAUGUAUGAAGUAGCUGCUUUAAUCGUGCAAGAGAUACAGUAUAAUUAGUGCUUAUAACGUACUACCUAAACAAGUCUAUAGCCUUUACAUUUUUCUAUUUAUUUCAUUAACAGUCAAUUUAUGUGUAUACUAUUUGGUGUCUUUUGAAUGGAAAACUUGUGUUUCAAAUCUUGUAAGCUAUGUAAGUAUGAAGUAUUCUUUUUAAGCCUGUCAUACAAUCAAUUUAGAGGGAGGGAAACAAUAAUGUGAAGUUUAUCUUUCAAAAAUACACAGAUUUUUUUUUUUAAACAACCAGAAAUAAUCCACAACUACCUGUCAGGUAUUAUAGUUUGUAUUAAUUUACUCAUCUUGGCUGAGAGACCUUUUCUCCUUUCUCUUGCCAUUUUUUCAAAUGGCAGAUAUCUUAUUUUGAAACAGAACUCCUCAUGUGAGUAGGACGAAUGUGAGAUCACAGCACAGAUUGUCCCCUGGGUUCGAGUGCCAAACAUUUACAUCAGACCCAUCUGCUCUGAUGUCACUGACUGGACAGAAAUAAAUGACUGAAGUGUUGAGUUGUCCCACUCACAA